UUAGUAGUAAUAAAAAGGUGAUGCAUCCUAGCCUGGAGCGUAGAAGUCCUGUGCGAAAGUAAUGAACUUGAAUCAAAGUAACAAUGGUGGAGGUAAAUGACAAUGCUGCAAAACUCAUCUAUCUUGAGAAUAAUACAAACCCACUUUCUUCGCUCUUCCUUGCCUCAAUUAGCUUGCCUUUCUAAGUUUAUAUACCACUCAUUUUGCAUCCAUAUCAAUAUCAGUAAGAAAGAGAGAGCAAAUGCAUUAAGUGGUUUACAUGUAUAAAACAUGGAAAAAAUGAGAGUGGAAAAAGCUACUAGGCAACAAUUUCUUCUUCUAUAUCGUGCUUAAGCAUCACCUAGCUGUAAUUAUUUGUGUGGAACAGAGUCACGAGAGUUGCAAAUUAAAUUGGAAAUAUGGAACAUUGAUAUAAAUCAAGUGAAGCAAGGGAACCUCCAAUAAGUAGACACCAAACAGAGAUUUGAGUUGACAAAAGGUGUUUCUGUAAGCUUUGAAAUAUAAUAAAAUAAGAGUGAUGUAAUAGUGAUUAAGAAUCUAAAGACAUUCAAAAGGAUACAUUGCCUAUGUCCUUUUGCCAUUUGUCUGCUGCUAUUGGAUGCAUUUUGAUCCGACAAGGAUUUCACAUCUGAAAUCACCAUGUCAAGUGUUUGGUGAAACAAAAUAGAGCAAAAGUAGUGGUGACAAAGUAGGGUUCAUAGGUGGUUGGUUAGUGUAAAGAAAGAUUAGAUAGAAAAUGGGAGUGGAGGUUGUAAAUAGAGACCUCAAUUAGUAAAGUGAGAGUGUGUCCCCAAUAGACUAUAAUUGAGUCUUUAUGGAGCUCCGUGCCACACAUCCCCCUCUCGGCUUUUCUCACGUGCUCUGAAUCAUACAUCACCAAAAAAAAAGCAUCUCUUCUUUUUUUUUUAGAGUCAAGAUUACGAAAUUGAAAGUGCAUUAUAAAGUCUAUUAGAGGGUUUUUAAAAAUCCGAUUUCAAGAAAAAGGAAAGUGUUCAAAGCCUAUAUGUUUUUGAAAGGCUCCUCCUCAAAUUCAUCGUCAAGGUCACAAUGGGUAUUAUAUCGGACAGUGCUCAAUCUCACUCGUCUUCCUCCGCUCCUUCCAUCUUCUCCAGCUCCUUUGCCACUCGUAUAUUCUCAGACGUUGCGGGAGACAUCACAAUUGUUGUUGAUGGAGAGUCCUUUUUACUCCACAAGUUUCCUCUGGUGGCUCGGUGUGGAAAGAUUAGGAAAAUGGUGGCAGAGAUGAAGGAAUCAUCUUCAAACCUCUCGCAUACAGAGCUACGAGACUUUCCAGGUGGGUCUAGGACGUUUGAACUCGCUAUGAAGUUCUGCUACGGCAUCAACUUCGAGAUCACUAUCUCCAACGUGGUUGCUAUCCGUUGCGCAGCUGGUUAUCUCGAGAUGACAGAGGACUUUAAAGAAGAGAAUUUGAUCGCACGGACUGAGACUUACCUCGAGCAAGUCGCGUUUCGCAGUCUUGAGAAGUCUGUGGAAGUUCUCUGUUCCUGUGAAACGCUUCAUCCUCAAGACAUUGCUGAAACUGCCCGCAUUCCUGAAAGAUGCGUGGAGGCCAUCGCUGUGAAUGCUUGCAGAGAACAGUUAGUUUUGGGGCUAUCGCGGCUGAACCGAGGCAACGAGUCAGCGGAAGUCAACCGAGGAGAUAGUCCUGAGUGGUGGAUUGAAGACCUCUCUGCUCUGAGGAUUGACUAUUACGCACGAGUUGUCUCUGCAAUGGCUAGAACAGGCUUGCGGUCAGAGAGUAUCAUAACGUCUCUGAUGCAUUACGCUCAAGAAUCGUUGAAAGGUAUUCGAAACUGUAAGGAGCGAACCAAGCUUGAUUCAGGUACAAUUGAGAAUGAACAGAGGAACGUCAUUGAAGCCAUUGUUAGUCUUUUCCCGAAUGACAAAGUUCCUCUGAGUUUCCUCUUCGGAAUGUUGAGGGUUGGGAUUACUAUAAAUGUAGCCAUCUCUUGCAGGCUCGAGCUCGAGCGGAGAAUCGCUCAGCAGCUGGAAACAGUCUCUCUCGAUGAUCUACUCAUACCUGUUGUCCAAGAAGGAGAUUCCAUGUACGAUGUGGACACUGUCCAUAGAAUACUCGUCUGCUUUCUGAAGAAAAUAAAGGAGGAAGAAGAAUAUGACGAAGAUUGCUGUUACGAGAACGAGACCGAGAAUCUUAUUGGUUCUACAUGCCAUAGCUCAUUGCUGAAAGUGGGUCGGAUCAUGGAUGCAUACUUGGCAGAGAUUGCACCAGACCCGUGUCUUAGUCUCCACAAGUUCAUGGCUUUGAUAGAGAUAUUGCCUGAUUACGCACGUGUCAUGGAUGAUGGGCUAUACAGAGCCAUUGAUAUGUUUCUAAAGGGGCAUCCCUCGCUGAACGAACAAGAAUGUCAGAGUCUCUGCAAAUUCAUAGACACUCAGAAACUCUCACAAGAAGCAUGCAACCAUGUGGCUCAGAAUGAUCGGCUACCGGUGCAGAUGGUGGUUCGAGUUCUCUACUCGGAACAACUGCGGAUGAAGAAUGUUGUGUCCGGAGAGUCAGGGGAUGGGUUAUUGUUGUCGUCUCAGAAACUUAGUAGCGGGAACCCGAGCGGAGCUGUGUCUCCGAGAGACACUUAUGCAUCGCUGAGGCGGGAGAAUAGAGAGCUGAAGCUGGAGAUCUCGAGGGUGAGAGUGAGACUGACCGAGUUAGAGAAGGAGCAGAUUUUGAUGAAACAGGGGAUGAUGGAGAAGUCAGGUCAUGGUGGAACAUUGCUGACCUCGCUUUCCAAAGGGAUUGGGAGGAUUUCGAUAUUUGGCGGAGGACCUACAGAAGAGAAGCUGCGGAAGGCUAACCGCAAAUCCAGGUCGAGGUUGGAGAGAAGAACAGUUAGGAGCCGACCAGAGUCUAUGUUUUAGGUAGCUUGGAACAUGUAAAUACCAUAUGCAUUCGCAAGAAAAUGGGUGGUUCUUGAGUAUUAUAUAUCUUAUUAAAAUCUUGCGAGUAUUUAUUGCUAUUACUCAAAAGUAUUUUAGAGGAAAUUGAAUUAAAAA